AUGAUGCUGUUUGUUGUGGCAUCAGCGCUGCUUGCGCUGGCCCAGACCGACGCCGUUAACGUGGCCACCUCUUACAGCGUGAUCCAUCACGAGCAACCGCAGGCCCGUGUCCUAUCGAAACCCUCCUUAUAUGCACCUUCGGCACAUCUGGUUCAUUCCUCCCCGCACUACGCACCACUGAUCGGUAAAACCAAAUACACCGUCCCAUUCCUGAGUGCCUACAACCCGGUCACUCAAUGUCCAGCUCCCCCAGUAUGCACCCAUUCUCGCUACCGUACUCUGGAUGGUUCCUGUAACAAUCUGCAGAACCCAACCUGGGGAACACCAAACCGUCCAUACGGCCGUCUACUGACCCCGAAAUACGGUGAUGGCGUCUCCACUCCAACCACCUCAGUCACCGGCCAGGAUCUUCCCAACUCUCGUCUCGUGUCACUGAUCGUCUUCGGCGAAGAGGAUAUCCCAGAUCCGCAGUUCACUCUGGCCAACAUGCAAUGGGGACAGAUCAUGACCCACGACAUGAGUCUACAGGCUGGCGGCACCCAAUCCAAAAAACACGCUACCAGAUGUUGUACGGACGACGGAAAACUGAUCGGAAAGUCGUCAGCCCCAACCACCUGCUACCCAAUCAUCGUACCGGAGCACGAUCCUGCCCACUCGCAAACUGGAACCGAAUGUAUCAACUUCGUCCGCACGCUAACCACCCGUGAAGACCAGUGCAGUCCGUCUCAUCCCUCGCAGCCAGCCGAACAGCUCACAACGGUCACCUCGUGGUUGGAUCUGUCCCUGGUGUAUGGUAACUCCGAUCAGCAAAAUGCCGGCAUCCGUGCCUUCACCGGAGGACGUAUGGCCACAGUUGUACGUGACGGUUAUGAAUGGCCACCAAACACUCCAAAUGCUACCACCGAUUGUGAUCUGGUUUCUCGCAACGAAGUAUGCUACCUGGCCGGUGAUGCUCGUGUAAAUCAGAACCCAGGAUUGACCAUCCUUCAGAUCAUUCUACUGCGUGAACACAACCGCAUCGCCGACCAACUGCAGAAGUACAACCCACACUGGGACGAUGAACUACUGUUCCAGGAAGCUCGCCGUAUCAACAUCGGUCAGUAUCAGCACAUCAACUACUACGAAUGGUUGCCAAUCUUCCUCGGCAAGGAUAACAUGCUGAAGAACCGUCUGAUCUACAACGUCAAGGCAGGCGAUUACAUCAACGACUACGACCCAGCCCAGGAUCCUUCAGUACUGAACUCGCACGCCACCGCUGCCUUCCGUUACUUCCACUCUCAGAUUGAGGGACGUCUCGACCUCGUGUCGGAAGUUCGCAAACCAACUGGAUCACUGCGGUUGAGCGAUUGGUUCAACCGACCCUCAAUCAUCGAAGCCGGCGACAACUACGAUUACCUAACGCGCGGUCUUGCCACCCAGCCCGAGGAACUAACCGAUGUCAACUUCGAUGCCGAAAUCAAGCACUUCCUGUUCCGUCGCGGUCGGCCAUUCGGUGGAGAUCUGCGUGCCUUCGACGUUCAGCGUAACCGUGAUCACGGUCUUGCCGGUUACAAUGAUUACCGUGAGUUCUGUGGCUUCAAGCGUGCACACAACUGGGAAGACUUCCUGGAUCUGAUUUCCGCACAGGAUGUCUCCAAGCUGCAAUCGCUGUACACCAGCAUCGACGAUGUGGAUCUAACCGUGGGUGGUGCCUUGGAAGCGCACGUCAACGGUGCCCUGGCCGGACCGACGUUCCUGUGCAUCCUGACCGAACAGUUCUACCGUACGCGUGUCGCCGAUCGGUUCUUCUACGAGCGAGGAGACAAGGAAACUGCCUUUACUCGCGAACAGCUGGCUGAACUGCGCAAGGCCAGCAUGGCGCGUCUGUUCUGCGACAACGGUAACCACGUAGCCUCGAUGCAACCGAAGGCCUUCUGGAGACCCUCGUCCCACAACCAGGUUGUAUCCUGCUCGGAGAUCCCCGAGGUCGAUCUGAGCAUGUGGAAGGACCUGUCGCACGACAACAGUCUGCACUCGUUCUACUACUAUCAUGACUUUAACAAAUAA